AUGGCUGAUGAAUGUGAUGAUGAAGAUGGUUUCGCUUGUGAUUGUAUUGUAGCUCAGCUCUAUGAAUCAUUACCUGGUUCACCAAGUCAUAAAAUUGGUGUUAUACCAUACCUGUCGACACACGAGACUCAAGAUCAAGCAAGAUGCCGUGGUUAUUGGAUUCGCGGUCUUCCGGUAAAAGCUCGAAUAACCGAUGUAAAACGAGAUCAGAAAUUCGGAUUGCAUCUCAUAAAUGCUUAUUUAUAUGUGAUUGAAUUGGAACAUGGGCCGUUUCGGUGGAAAGUUGUUAAGCAAAAUAAAGAUUUUGCUGUACUUGCUGCUCGGUUACUCACGCAUCGUGCUGCAGAACGAAUACGAGCUCCAGUUAGGAGAGCACAAGAAGUCAUAGAUGAUGCGCUUGAGUCGGUUGGCGUUGAUAUAAUACCGGACCACGAAGAUAAUUGUCCAUAUCAUAAGACAGCGAGAAGCCAAAAGACCUGUGAUUUGAAUAAGUCUAGCAAUCUUGAUAAUAUACAUCAAAGUGGCACUACGGAAAAAGAGACUAAUGCUAAGCAACAUCUGGUUGUCACUGAUGUCACCGGAACUGCUUCAGUUCCUACACUGAAUGUGUUACUUCCAACAAGAGAGGAUCUUUUGGAACGAAAAAAUGUACAGUCAAGUGAAGUAAAGCGGCAUCAGCUGCCAUAUCUUGGUUUCGUUCCGGAUGCAGUUAUUGAUCCAAACGAACGUCGGCAAAGAUUGGAGAAGUGGCUUCAAGCAGUGUUGCAUAUACCUGUGAACAGAAAUUAUCAUGAAACAGCAGAAUUUUUGGAGGUGUCGCGUUUUUCAUUUGUAUCUGAAUUGGGUGGUAAAUACUGCGAAGGUUUUGUAAAAAAGCGUCCUGGUGGUAGUAGAGUUUUUAUCGGUUGGAAACAAUGUUGUGUCCGUUAUUGUCUGAGAUGGUCGAGACGGUGGCUUAUUUUAAAAGAUUCAUCUGUUUGGUAUAUGAAUCCAAGAACUGAACAGGUACGUUUAGUUCUUUUAUUUGAUCGCGACUUCGAUGUUUCUGCUGGAAGUAGUGAAGCAGAAGGAAUGCCGAAUGGUUUGAUUAUCAGCAAUCAGCAAUAUGUAUUGACACUGAAAUGUCGAACACCAUUAGAUGCGAUACAAUGGAAGGCAGCAAUAUUAGAAUCAAUGAGUAGUGUUGGAAGGAUUUGGCUAGAAAACCAUCCUUACGGGUCAACAUUUCCGGUACGGCGUGCACAGAGUAUUCAAUGGUUUGUUGAUGGACGAUCGUUUAUGGAACAUGCGGCAAAUAUGAUGGAAUUAGCACGCGAGGAAAUUUUCAUUGCAGACUGGUGGCUAUCACCUGAGAUUUUUAUGAAAAGACCACCAGUGGAGGGAAAUCGUUGGAGGCUUGAUGAAAUUUUAAAGAGGAAGGCGGAACAAGGAGUCAGAAUAUUUGUUCUCCUGUACAAGGAAAUGGAAAUGGCCCUAGGAAUUAAUAGCAUAUACACUAAGCGAACUCUGCAAACGCUUCAUAAAAAUAUUAAGGUGCUUCGCCAUCCAGAUCAUUAUCUUUCAUCGGGUACAUUUUUCUGGGCUCAUCACGAAAAGCUAAUCGUUAUUGAUCAGUUGAUAGCAUUUGUUGGCGGUAUCGAUUUGUGUUUCGGUCGUUGGGAUGACUGCCGCCAUAAAUUGACUGAUUGCGGUUCAGUGAAGAUUUCCGAACAUCAAAAUAUCUGUGUAGGUGGUAACUUUUCCAUGGUGAAAAGUGUAAGACAGAUUGUAAGAGCAGCUGGAGUACUCUCACCCAUUGGACUCGAGGAAGAUGAAGAGGUGGCAAAAAAAAGUGACGGGUACGAUGAAGUUGAUAGCUCGGGCAAUUUAGGAAACGAAAAAGUAGGAAAUGGAAAAAACUCCAAACCAAAGAGCGUGCGAAAAUAUUCAACUUUUUCUAAACGAAAACAACUCAAGAAAGGUGAAGAUAAUGAAGGAGAACAUGCAAUUCCGCAGAAGUUAGUAGAACACAAACGUGUUCUUCUAUCAGUGGUUAAACAUAAGCAAACCGUGAAAAGGAGGUCAAAAUCGAUAUCUUCGGCACCACCCAUUGAAAUGCUAAAUAUGAGUGCGGAAAGAAUGGAUAUCCAUGAUGCUAUGAAUGAAUAUAAGGCCUAUGUACGUAGUGGAAAAGCAGAAGAGGUGAAACAUAAUGCUGAGAAGAAAUCAACACCUCCACCACAACGAAAGAUAUUAUCGAAAGUAGCAUAUAGUUUCAAACCAUCAUCGGCCAAAAAACACUGGCAAAAAGUUAAGCAGGAAACGACUCGAUAUGAUCUUAGAUAUAUGGAACUGCGCGAUCAAGACGAGAAAAUUCGUGCUAUGGAAGAACAUAUGGUAGGUGCUGGAAAAUUAUGGAUUGGAAAAGACUACACAAAUUUCAUUCAUAAGGAUUUUGUUGAACUCGAUAUGCCAUUCCAUGAUUUUAUUGACAGAAAUGUGACUCCACGGAUGCCUUGGCACGAUGUUCAUGCGUGUACAUAUGGCAGUGCUGCACGUGAUAUUGCUCGACACUUUAUUCAAAGAUGGAAUGCGACUAAAACAGAAAAGUCGAAACAAUUGAAAGAAUAUCCGUUUUUGUUACCCAAAUGUUAUGACACCAUUAAAGUACCGCGUGUAUUAGAAACAUACAGUAGUUUGGCUGAUGUGCAAAUCUUACGCUCAGUUUCAAAAUGGUCAUCACUUGUUAGCGCUACAGAAGACAGCAUUCAACAGGCAUAUGUCUCCCUUAUUGCAAACGCUAAACAUUAUGUUUAUAUUGAAAAUCAAUUUUUCAUUUCCAUUAUUGAUAGCGCUGAUGUGGGAAACGAAAUUUGUAAAGUACUUUGUGAACGAAUUAAACGAGCGUAUCGUGAACGGGCGAAGUUUCGGGUAUACAUAAUGCUACCACUGCUUCCCGGUUUUGAAGGUGAUAUUGGUGCACCAGGUGGCUCAGCACUACAGGCUGUUUUACAUUGGACUUAUAAAUCACUUUCCCGAGGACCAAAUUCGUUGAUCGAAGGUCUCAAAAGAUUUGUGCCUGAUCCAAUGGAAUAUAUUCAUAUUGGUUCUUUGCGUACUUACGAAGUGCUGUCUGGAAGAUUGCUAACAGAACUAAUUUACAUCCACUGCAAAUUAAUGAUUGUGGAUGACCGAUAUGUGAUUAUUGGGUCAGCGAAUAUAAACGACCGUUCACAAAUUGGUAAUCGCGAUUCAGAGGUUUGCAUUCUUGUAAAAGAUUGCGAAAAUGUGUCAUCCCGAAUGGACGGAAAACCAUACAAUGCGGGUAAAUUUGCUUUCAGCUUACGGAAGGCACUGAUGAUGGAGCAUCUCGGUUUGUUGCCGGAGCAAAAAAGGAAAUCGCCGAAACGGAAAAUUGAUAUGGAUGAUCCCGUUGCUGACUCGUUUUUCGUCGGGACUUGGGGAGCCAUCGCAAAAAAGAAUACAGAAAUAUUUGAAAAAGUUUUCAAUGUUAUUCCAACAGAUAAGUUGAGAGAUUUCGUAGAAGUACAAAUGCAUAUUGCAAAAAUACCGCUAAGUGAAACUGUUCCACAAAUAGCCGAGGAAUAUCUUCGAGAUUUGAUUGGUAAUCUUGUGGAAUUUCCGUUAAAUUUUCUCGCGAAUGUCAAUCUUGCACCCGGCCUUGCAUCUAAGGAAGGUAUCGUACCAUCGUCGGUUUUUACAUGA